UCGCGCUUUGAUCUGCGCUCGUGUCGGUUUACUAUACGUGGGCACCGUGGGACAGCGCACGACCCACAGACAAUCUUUGCCAAAUACCACGAGGCCGAUUUGAAACCGGUCUUGUGGUUAUUAUCACAGUUUCAUCAGUACAGUCGAAUAAUCAGCAAUCAGCCACCCUUCGUACGUGCAUGACUUUGCUCGCCGGCGCUAAGCCCGGGAGCAGCCGAUGGCGUUCGACUAACACACGAUCCCAUGUCUUCAGAAAUCCACAAUUUCUCCUUAUUAUUGCAUUCGUCAAGUGUCAAUUCGCCGUCUUCAGUGUCAGUGACAAUAUCAGUGCGACAGUCAGUGUCAAGUGUAUAAAAUCAAAUGUGUAGAGUGCGUGUUGUCAGCGAGUGGUUCUAGGGGCGAGGCGGACUGUCGUCACAUCAACGUGACGACGUCAGUCUAGCAGUUUUAUCACAGAAGCUUUGAUUACUUUUCCGAAAAAAUAUCACAAUGGCAGAGGACGAGGUUCUCUUUGACGAUGUUUACGAACUGUGCGAGAUAAUCGGCAAAGGACCAUUCAGCGUAGUUCGGAAAUGCAUUCAUCGGCAAACGGGGCAGACAUUUGCCGUAAAAAUUGUCGAUGUGGCAAAGUUCACUUCGAGUCCAGGACUCAGCACAGCGGAUUUGAAACGCGAGGCGACAAUAUGUCACAUGUUGAAGCAUCCGCACAUAGUAGAAUUACUCGAAACCUACAGUUCCGAAGGCAUGCUAUAUAUGGUCUUCGAGUAUAUGGAUGGUUCGGAUUUAUGCUUCGAGGUAGUUAGGCGUGCAACGGCCGGAUUUGUGUAUAGUGAAGCUGUUGCUAGCCACUACAUGAGACAGAUCCUUGAAGCCCUGCGCUAUUGUCACGAGAACGACAUAAUCCAUCGAGAUCUGAAGCCGCAGUGCGCUCUUCUAGCCGGAAAAGAGAAUUCUGCUCCAGUGAAGUUGCGUGGAUUUGGUGUAGCGGUACAACUUCCUUCUUCACAGACCAACGGCGUUGGGCUGACAACAUCCAACUGCAAUUUCCCUUUCGAGGACCUCACCGACGUCGAGGAUUCGCUCGUGAGCGACACGGAGGACAACAUCGGACGUAUUGGAUGUCCACAUUUCAUGGCGCCGGAAGUAAUCAAACAUAGGCAAUAUGGAAAAGCAGGAGAUGUUUGGUCGGCCGGUGUACUGCUGCACAUAUUACUCACUGGUACCCUUCCUUUUGUUGGCUCUCAACAACGCUUACGAGAAGCUAUUUGCAGAGGAACUGUCCAGAUGGAGACACCAUUAUGGGGCACUAUUAGUGAGACGGCUAAGGAUCUGAUUCAGAGGAUGCUUACGACUGAUGUAAAUCACAGAAUUACUAUUCAAGAAGUUCUUAAUCACAAGUGGCUCAGAGAUCGUGACAAGGGAGCUGCACGAAUACAUUUAGCAGAAACUAUAGAAGAACUUAAGAAGUUCAACGCGAGACGAAAGCUGAAGGCUUCUGUGAAAGCAGCUGUUUCCUCUUCGAGGUGGCACACACACUAUUCAGAAACAAACGGUGAUAGUUACUUCGAAAUUGGUGAUGAUGAAAUCACGACAACAGGUGCAGUUGCUGAAAUUUUAGACUCACUUGAUGACAUAGAGAUACUUCAAGAGAGCGGUAGACUGAGUCGUAGUGAAAUCCUUUCCGCCGUUGACGAUUAUCAACUGCGAGCGAUAUUAGAGCUUUAUGACAGAAUUUCUUCUCGAAUGCCAUCGCCAUGUCGAGCCCCACAGGCGGAUGCUGUUCAACGAGCCCGAGAAGUUGAGGAAGUUCUUCGGGACGUCGACAGGUCAAACUUCAGAAAUAUCGAUCGUGGUGAUCUCAAAGAACUUCAGGAACUCCUUGUUCAGCCGCAUCUCAAGGCGCUACUUCAAGCGCAUGACGUGGCUGGCCACGACGUGUAUGGAGAAGAAGCAACGAGGGUCACUCCACCUCCUCUUCUACCGUACCUGAACGGCAGUGAUGACCUCGAAGGGCAAAACGGUGACCUAGACCUCGAAAAUGUCACCCGUGUCAGGCUAGUUCAGUUCCAGAAGAAUACGGACGAGCCCAUGGGUAUUACGCUCAAAAUGAAUGAAGAUGGAAAAUGUAUCGUUGCGAGAAUUAUGCACGGUGGUAUGAUUCACAGACAGGCUACUUUGCAUGUCGGGGACGAAAUUAGAGAAAUUAACGGGAUUCCAGUCGCAAAUCAAUCUGUCAAUGCCCUGCAAAAAAUACUUCGGGAAGCACGAGGAUCAGUAACGUUCAAGAUAGUGCCAUCAUACAGGAGCGCGCCGCCUCCCUGCGAGGUACAAGUAAGCCCCAAAAUCCGUGACCACUCCCCCACCCUCACUACAACAUCUGUUACUACUACCACCACUACCACUGCAACUACUUCCUUCUCGAUAUUCGUUCGGGCGCAAUUUGACUACGACCCAUUGGAGGACGAGUUGAUACCGUGUGCUCAGGCUGGAAUUGCUUUUAAAACCGGCGAUAUUUUACAAAUCAUAAGUAAGGAUGAUCACCAUUGGUGGCAGGCACGAAAAGACAACGCGGCUGGAUCCGCGGGUUUAAUACCAUCCCCAGAACUGCAGGAAUGGCGAAUCGCCUGUCUGGCAAUGGAAAAGAAUAAACAGGAACAAGUAAAUUGCUCAAUAUUUGCCCGCAAGAACAAGAAGUACAAGGAUAAAUAUUUAGCGAAGCACAACGCGGUUUUCGACCAGCUGGACCUGGUUACAUACGAGGAGGUUGUGAAGCUUCCCUAUCCCGCCUUUCAGCGUAAAACAUUGGUACUUUUGGGGGCUCAUGGAGUUGGCCGACGCCAUAUCAAAAACACUAUUAUAGCCAAGCAUCCUGAUAAAUACGCCUAUCCUAUUCCACAUACAACGAGGCCUGCACGAAACGACGAGGAAGAUGGACGCAAUUAUUAUUUCGUAUCGCAUGACGAAAUGAUGGCGGAUAUCGCUGCCAACGAGUACCUGGAAUAUGGCACUCACGAGGACGCCAUGUAUGGAACCAAAUUAGAAACGAUUCGAAAAAUUCACGAGGAGGGGAGAAUGGCAAUUUUGGAUGUAGAACCACAAGCGUUAAAAGUUUUGCGCACAGCCGAAUUUGCGCCUUAUGUUGUUUUUAUUGCCGCACCCGCAAUUGAAAAUAUUGCCGACUACGACGGAAGUCUAGAGCGCCUCGCGAAGGAGUCGAAUAUGUUGAAGCAGGCAUACGGCCACUUCUUCGACCUGACGAUCGUGAACAACGACAUCGAGGAGACGAUCGCGCAACUGGAGGCGGCAAUCGAGCGAGUGCACACAACGCCACAGUGGGUGCCAGUUUCGUGGGUCUACUGACAGCGGAUUUCGCCAAGUCGUUCGAUCUUGACUUC